GUAAUUCAACGGGUGAAGUCAGCCUCAGUCACAGUAGAUGGCCAGCUUAUCUCAACUAUCGGCAAAGGCUUGCUUGUACUAGCUGCCAUUGGCAAAGAUGAUACUCAAAAGGAGGUUGAGUCCAUGGCCAACAAGAUCCUAAAAGCAAAGCUGUGGGACAAUGAUGAAGGCGGCAAAUGGAAGUGGGGCGUCAAGGAUAUCGAAGGGGAAGUUCUCUGUGGUAGGUAUAAUCUGUCUUGUCAGCAAUCAUCUUCUCUGACCUGCAUGCAGNUAUCACAAUUUACACUUCUUGCCUCCGUCAAGAAAGGCAACAAACCCGACUUCCACAAGUCUGCCAACGGUGAAAAAGCGAAGGAGCUUUACGAUCAGUUCUUCAAGAAAGUACAGUCUCUGUAUCAAGCAGACAGAGUAAAGGAUGGUGUAUUCCAAGCCAUGAUGGACGUAGCUCUAGUCAACGAUGGACCGGUCACUAUCCAGAUAGAUACGGAUCCCCCUAAGAUGGACAACCCGACUAGCUUCGACCUUCCCGGCGAUCCUCUCACUCACAAGGGAAAGUUGCAGACAUCGUUUGAGCUUCCAGCUUCGCUCUUAGAA